GCUGUUGCACUCUGGCGGGGGUAAAUGUGAUUUCCAAAACAUUGGGGAUAUUUUUGUUAACCCAAAUCUCAGUGGUUUCUCUAAUGUAUCCUCAACAAGGUCCUCACUUUCUUUCUGAUUUAGCACCAGAGUCUGUACUUUGUAGCCUUCAACGUCAAUGGAAGAACAAGCAAAAAGCAGGUAUGCAGUUGUUACAGGAGCGAAUAAAGGAAUUGGGUUUGAAAUAUGCAGGCAAUUAGCUUUAAAUGGGGUCUUCGUUGUACUGACGGCCAGGGAUGAGAAAAGGGGCGUUGAAGCUGUUGAGAAGCUGAAAGAAUCUGGGUUUGAUAAUGUGAUCUUUCAUCAGCUUGAUGUGGCCGACGCUGCUAGUAUUCACUCUCUCGCAGAGUUCAUCAGAAAUCAGUUUGGCAAGCUUGAUAUUUUGGUGAACAAUGCAGGGAUUGCUGGAGUCAUGGUGAAGGAAGUAGUUCAAAGCAAAUGGAAUGGAAAUGUGACUCAAAGUUAUGAGUUAGCUGAAGAGUGCCUUACAACAAAUUACCAUGGCACAAAAAGAAUGUGCAAAGCACUUGUUCCCCUCCUUCAGUUAUCUAAUUCACCAAGAAUUGUUAAUGUUUCGUCCUCCAUGGGAAAAUUGAAGAGAGUAAAAAAUGAAUGGGCUAAACAAGUUUUAAGUCAUACUGAAAACCUCAAAGAAGAGAAAGUAGAUGAGGUGUUGAAUGAGUAUCUGAAGAGUUACAAAGAGGGUUCACUUGAAGCCAAAGGCUGGCCUGUUUCAAUGUCUGCUUAUAUUGUAUCAAAAGCUGCUAUAAAUGCCUAUACAAGGAUCCUGGCAAGGAAGCACCCAACUCUAUGCGUCAAUUGUGUUUGCCCUGGCUAUGUUAAAACAGAUAUAAACUACAACACAGGCAUAUUAACUGUAGAAGAAGGUGCUGAAAGUUGUGUGAGGUUGGCUCUGAUACCCGAUGGCAGUCCUUCUGGUCUGUUCCUUUCAAGGAACCAUGGGACUUCCUUUGAGUGAACAUAUAUGAUUCACUUUGUGAGGUCUAUGUAUAAUUUGCAGACACCCCUUCUCAUAAUGGUCAGUUGACAUUCGUUUGGUUUAGUGCUCUUAUCUUGUGUUGGUCAGUUAAACAUGAAUUGAAAGGCCUCUAUAGUAUAUGGUUUUGAAAGGCCUGUAAAAUCUUA